UAUGUUACCAUCACAAAAGAGAUUAACCUUUGCCCAGGCUGUUGAAGCUGACUUAGCAAAUUCUUCGUCUAUGGAUGGGGUGCCAAAGCUUGGAAUGGGUUUUGAAUCAGAAAAUCACGCAUAUGAUUUUUAUAAUUCAUAUGCGGGGCGAAUAGGUUUUAGCGUUCGUAAAGACUAUGUAAAUAGGAGUAAGAUAGAUGGUGGUGUGGCAUCAAGGAGGUUCACUUGUUUCAGAGAGGGUUUUCGGCAGAAAGACAAAAGGGAUUUGAAUGUGAAGAGACCUAGAAAGGAAACAAGAAUUGGUUGUCUAGCACAACUGGUCAUUUCACGUCAACCUGAUGGUAAAUAUCGUGUUACUCAUUUUGAAGAAAAGCACAAUCAUGAACUUGUUGCUGCAUCUAGGGUUCGCAUGUUACGAUCACAGAAGAGAGUAGCUUUAGCCCAAGUUGUUGAAAGCAAUGCACAAGAUGGCUCUAAAGACCAGUCAACAUUGUUUUCUGAAUUUUCAUGUCAAUCAGUUAGGGACUGUGUUGACCAUGGGUAUAAUACUAUUGAUUACAGUAGUAGACUAUCUUCAAAACGUACGAGAGAAAUGAAAGAAGGUGAAGCAGGGAGACUGCAGCAAUAUUUUCAAACAAAGCAAGCCAAGAAUCCAUCUUUUUUUUAUGCUAUGCAACUUGAUGCUGAAGAUCAAAUUGCUAACAUAUUUUGGGCCGACGCAAAGAUGGUGGUAGACUAUAGUGAUUUCGGUGAUGUUGUUUGCUUUGAUACAACCUGUAGAUUAAAUAAUGAUUGUCGACCAUUUUCACCUUUCAUUGGUGUGAACCACCAUCAACAAAUGGUGGUCUUUGGUGCUGCUCUUUUGUAUGAUGAAACUGUUGAUUCUUUUAAGUGGCUAUUUCGAACUUUUCUGGAAGCGAUGUCUGGAAAGACACCAAAGACGUUCGUCAGUGAUGAAGAUCCUAUCCUGACAGAGGCAAUUGACUCAGUAUUUCCAGAAUCAGAUCAUCGGAUAUGUGUUUGGCAUGUAUACCAAAAAAUACUCAAACAACUAAGCCCUGGGUUUGCAGGCUCAAGUUCUUUCGUAAAUGACGUGAGCAGUUGCCUCUUUUAUCAUGAGGAAGAAGAAGACUUCAUUAAUGCAUGGAAGGUUUUACUCGAUGUUUAUGGUCUUUGGGAAAAUGAGUGGCUGACGGAGUUAUUUGAAAAUAGAGAGAAAUGGGCCAUGGCAUAUAGAAGGCAUAUUUUUUGUGCUGGCAUAAAAGGUUCCCGGCUGUAUGAAGGCUUUGAUUCUAAUUUGAAGAAGUAUCUAAAGUUUGACACAGAUGUCCUUUCGUUUUUAAAGUAUUUUGGGAAAUUGGUAAGUAAUUGGCAUUACAAAGAAUUGGAAGCUAAUUAUAAUAUGAGUCAGAAUAUGCCGAGACUGAUAGGGGAUAUUAUUCUGUUGAAGCAUGCAAGGGAUCUAUACACACCUGAGAUAUUCGAAUUGUUUCAGCAAGAAUACGAAACAUGCUUAAAUAUGGUUAUCGACCAAGGCACUGAGACUGGACCAGUGAUUGAGUAUAAAGUAAGCAUAUUCAGGCAACUACGGGAAUAUAGAGUUAUCUUUAACUUCUCUGACAUGAAAGUUGCCUGCAAUUGUAUGAAAUUUGAGUUCAUGGGAGUCCUGUGCAGUCAUGCUCUUAAAGUGCUGGAUUAUAAAAAUAUCAAGAUGCUCCCUAUCCAAUUCAUCUUGAAGAGGUGGACCAGAGAUGCAAGGAUAUAAGUACCAUCAAAAUUUCUGUAUACAUCACAUGAGAAAGACUGCAAAUUGGCUGAGAGGAGCUGAAAAUUAUAAGGUCUCAGAACUAGAACUGGUUAAUUUAUGAUGAAGCCUGCAUUUCAUGUAAAGAAAUAACAAUUCAUGACAAGACUCAAGAGAGAGCAGGUUGGCCAAAUAAUUCUGUAUUUGCAUUGCAAAUCAAGUACAUAAAUAUCUUUCAUCUGUAUUAUAAAAUAUGGAAGAAUUUAUGUUUCCAUUCUAUAAUCUUUUUAAACUUCCAUAAACACACAACCUUUGAAUCAGUUUCCUUUACCUGAUGAAGUGCAUGACCUUUUGUGAUGACCGAAGCAAUCUGUCUUGCCUGGGCAUGGGAGCACAUUCAGACCUUUCUUUUUACGUUGAAUUUCUUUUCCUGGGAUGUAUAGAUAGUUACUGAGGCUUUCAUGUACUGUAGCAGGAAAGCAGCUCCUACAGUCAUCUAAUUCUAGCUCACACAUCGUAGCUAGUCAAUGCCUAUGUUUUGAUGCUGCUGAAAUUCUUCCUGGAACAUUCCAUAUUCUCUGUCAAUUUCUCUCAUCACAGCUGUAUUGGAAGGCAGAACUUAGAUUCCCUCAAGUAAUGGAAGAUACUAUUUACACUACAUGAUGCGAGGUAAGAAAAUGAGAUAGAUGUUUGGGACGUGCAGGUCUAUUAACACUGGAAAUUGUCUCCUUGAAAAUUUCUGAAGUUAUUGUUCAUUAUUGAGGUAGGCCUAACCAAAGUUUAUUUUUGUUGUCGUAUUACAACGCCCAUACUAGUUUGUUAGAAUGACUACCUUUUGGGUUAACUACACAUCCUAUAAAAUGAGGCAGUUCCAUUCAUCAUUUUGAACAAUAUCUGUGUAUCUUCCUGCAACCUCAGGAAUCAUCACAGGUUCUUGAUAAUUUCCAUAUUAACUCUAAAUUUGUAUGUAAGUUGAGAAAAUCUUGUUCCAGCAUUCAUCUCAUCAAAUUGAUUUACAUGGAUGGUAUUACAGUGCCUACAUUUAUACCAGCUGAUAUUUAAGAUACAAUGAAAUCUUGGCUGCAAUUUUAAAGUUAAUUACAUGAAGAAUCUUGGCGAGCAUAGAUGAGUUGGCAUUAAUUGAGAAUGAAAGUCCCUCACGCAUGACUUUCACUCUGGUACACAGGCAGUGAAUGAGAACGAGCUGAAGCUUGAUUAUUGUUUGCCUGAACAUGAUUGGAGCUACUGUUCUUGGUUGAGGAUCUCUGAGGAUGAGAGGUUUUGGUUUGGACUAUGCUGGUGCUGCUGGGACCCGUUUUUCUCCUUAGUGCCGUUGAUUUUGACUCAGGAUGUGUUGAUGGUACCUGCAGGACGUGCCAAUGAACCUUCAGAAGUUAUCUCUGAGCAAAAUUUCAAAAUUCUGCAGAUGCGAAGGAGAAGAAAAAGAGUAAACAAACUGGAGUUCAGGUUGCAUAUUGUCACGCGGACAGCCAGUGAUGAUUAACCCAUAUGUCAACUUGAUAACUCCCCAUUGCAUAUGGAGAUUAACAUGUCAAGAGGAUAAAAUGGACAGGAUGUGUUACGUGAUACUGGAGGAUAUUAGUUGUGUUUGCUAGUAGUCCUGACAAUUUUUUCAAAUAGCAGCAGCUGCUAUUUGUUGCAUUGCUAGUUUGCUAGAUGUUGUAUGUCAGGAAUCCUGAUAUUACUUUUUCUGUGUAAGGUGCAAGAGAAUCCCGGAUGGUUGUAUUGCUACUUGCAAUUUAAACUUUCUUUGGGACAGUUCAGUAUUUUCUGGGUUGAUUUUUUAAAUACGAACAAAUGUAAACGAAACACAUUGAGAGCA